AUGCCGUGGGUACCUGUGGAACGCGUUUUCGGGUUCACAAUGCAGGCGAAAGUGCCGAUGGGCACGAAGACGUACGAAGCUGCUCAUCGGAAGGACACUAUAGCGUCUGCUCCGGUGAGCAGCGCUGCGUCGCCGACCACCACCACGCUGCACACCGGCCCGUACCUGCCAGGGAGCCGCGUGCGUCUUCAGCUUGCCAAGACCACCGACAUCGCCACCGUGGUGAGGGGCACCUCGGUGCUGCAUCUUCUGUUCUACGCAGUCGAUGAGUCGGAGUCGAGGCCAACAGCGCUAGCGCAGAUCGCGCUGGAUUGGCGCGCCGCCCUGACGCGCAAGGGCGAAGGCGACGACUUCUUGGUGUUGCUCGUGCAUAGCGACCUCAUUGCCGCUGCCGAGGAAGCCUCCCGUUUCGCAGAGGUACAUGAGAGCAGUGGGCAGACGACAGUUGCCAAGUCGGGGUCACCAGCCCCCACAGAAAACGCACCUGCGAGCUCCGCAGAUGGCUCAACAUCACCCGCACCGGCGGUUAAUCAGACCAGGGUAAACGCUGCUGUUAGGCAACUGCGCAAGUACUACAAGGAGCUCUGCGAUGCAAAGUUCCUGCCGCAGCAGAUGUGCACCUACAUGCCGAACGAGACGCCGAUGCGUAUCCUCGAGCGGCUGCACUCCGCCGUCAUCACACACGGCGCGCGGCUACAUCAGGCGCUCGAGGAAUGCGCAGCGCAGAAGCGACUGUCCCCGCAGGACCCUUUCACGAAGCCGAAGACGUCGGCAGCUGCGAAGGCAAGCACAGAAGUGGCGUCACUGGCCAGUGAGGCGGGAAAGGUACUGAGCACCGACGCUGGCGCGUCACCGCCCAUGUCUCCGCAGAAACUGCCAGUUGGUGCCGUCUCGGCGCCACUAGCAGCGACGCCGAAGUAUUGGAGCAUACAGGAGUUUUGGCGACGCGGCUACGACCUCGCUGUACACUACCUGCAGUACGGUCUCGUGCUCAACGCUCGUGCAGUGCUGGUGCAUCUUUUCCUUGAGUACUACAACAGCUCAGAAGACUACGGCUUUGUACGCGCUUCGGUGGCGACGCUGCAGCGACUGGGGCAGGUGCCAAACUUGUUCGAGGCGCACAGGCUCACUGGUUGGGCACAGAGUAAGUCUGGCUACCCGAGAGGGUUAGACACGGGGGCAGAGCUGCUUGAAGGUCUCCUGGUCGUCGCGUCAGCAGAGAUGACAUGCUCGUUGCUGCUCGGCGACACCGCAGCGGCGAUGGCGCGCUAUCACACGUUCAUGCAGGUCACGCGCGAGAAGUUCGACGAGCUGCCCACUGAGGAUGUCACGGACAAGCCCGCGGUGCCACCAUCGCCAGGAUCGGCGGUGGGCAGCACGUGUGGCGCGGCCCCCUUGCACUCCGCGACGUAUCAGCAGCUCUUCCUGCUGCAGUGCUACUUGUCUGGGCUUCGUAUGUGGUGGCCGACAAGCGGACUCUGCCGUCCGCGACGCGAGGGUGCCACCUCCCUCAACGGCGCCACCGCAGAGGAGCAGAACAGCACGUGUCUAGCGUCCUCCAUAUCGCUGCCUCUCACGAAGCUUUCGCCGUCGGUGCACCGUAGCGGGAACGAGAGUGGCAUGGUUUCCGUGGCUUCAGACGUGAACGACGACGAGGACAGAGAACGUGCGUCAGAAGCGUCACCGCGGCCCUCCUCCUCUAUCGUUCCCACUACAGCCGUCACCGCAAACGUUCCCGAAAGAGCGUUUGUGCGGAGUAGUGGAACCGCGCAGCUUGACCCGCUCGUACGUCUCGACAGCAGAGGCAGCGGCGUCCGCCGCCCCAUCACGAGCCCGUCCUCUGCCGCCGCCCCCGCCAACGCCUCCGGCCACUUCUGCAUUGUCGUUCCUGGGCUCUUCUCUGGGCAUCCCGACGGCGAACGUAGCGCGGUGCGAAGGGGGUCGGCAGAGGGGAGUUCGAGCGGCUUCACCGCUGGCUCUGUACAUGCUACCACAUUGACCUCUCAUCCCGGCAUUGCGCUGGAGGACGACGCGGAUGCGGAUACCAUGAUGUGCGACAGAGAGCUUAACUACCUACUGAGGUGCUGCGAGGACACAGUGCAGGUGUCGGCCGUCUACCUGGUCGAUCUCGCCACUUCUACAGGUUUGCUUUCCGAGCACAUGGAGCCGGAGGAACUGCAGGGCAGUCUGCAAGCCAUCCGUGGAGCAGUCGAUGCUGGAAGUGCGCAGGUGAUUCGAUCCAUGCAGAGCCAUCAACGGCACCUGCGCCGCAGCUGCGCGGAGGCAGCGGCUCUACUAGAGCAUGCCAGAGAUGCACUGGCGGCCAUAGCGCGCGAUCUAGGCUACAGCCAUUUCAGCUGCCUAGCUUCUCACAGCAACAUCGUGUCGUUGGGCGAGCAAGCUUCUCCAAGUCCUUCUAGGGACAAUGCUACCGUAUCGGCUGCCGCGGCGCCGCCUUCGUUUGCCAGCAUCGAGGAGCUGUCAUCGCCGGAGAAGGCGUUGCGGCUGUGGCGGGUGCUGACUGCGAUGGCGGCCCUCACCCUGCGCAUCGGAGAGCAGCGGCGCCGCGAAUUCCAGCUCUACACCCAACUCGCUAUGACCUUCCUCAUGGACCACCCCAACGUGACGGCUAACAUCGUGGCGGAGCGCCUGCUGCCCUACAUCAAGCGCCAAGGCUGGCGGCGGAUCGAGCUGUUUGUGCGCCGGCUCUAUGUGGAGGCGCGACAGCGACUCAUGCACCGUGCAGGGCUGUAUGGCUCCUGCAGUGCUGAGGCUACCGCGGGUUCAGGCGAUGCAGCGCAGGGUGCUACAAUGGGCGAGCCACACGCGAAGCUUUGGCUUCGCGUUUUUCGCACCAGCGCUGACUACGCUCUUUACCGCGAGUGUGUGCUGAUACUUCUGAGCAACCACGGCGAAUGCCCCGAGGACCCCGCUGACACCGUUGUCGGAGCGGCGGACUGCGGCGUGCCUGCGAAGUAUGUCGUCGGCUCACUUGACAGUCGCCUCUUCUCCACACGCACCAGGACAGAGCAGUGGCGGGAUCUAGUUCGGGUUGACGCGUUGGUGAUGGACACCGUCUUCCACGAGGAGCCGUCUGAGUACCCACUAGAGCACUUUACGUCCCCGCUCACAGUGAAGGUGGAGCAUAAGGCAACCGCCGUCUCCGCUGCGGUCUCGAAGGGCGACAGCACCCUUGUCAUGAGCAAAUCGCCCACCACGGCAGUGCCUGGUGUACUGCGGGCUGACGUUGACGAUGUCGUGCAGAUCACCUUCUCGUCUGUAUACACAAUCAAUCCGCUGGUACGCCCGGCCUUUCCUGCGGCAGCAGGAGGGAUGAAAGCGCUGACUCGUGAGGCGAGACCCGCGGUUGGCUUUCAGCUGACGCUGGAGUCACGCAAGGACUGGGGCAGUGACGAGGAGGCGACUCACGAGGUGAACAUCCGCGACGCUGACAACGUUCACUACGACGAGCAGACGCAUCGACUGCGCGUGACCUUCACCUUUCCGAUAUGCCACUCAGGUACCUAUCUUGUGCGUCGCCUACUGCUGUGCAAUGGCAGCAUGUGGCUCGCCUAUUAUCCUCAGCACAACAUCGGCGGCAGCUGCAGUCGCGCAAGUGACUGGGCGUCGUCGCUCAGGAUGGCAGGGUCGCACGCCUUCCCCGCACCGUGUCUGACGCACGUCACAGUGGAGCCGCUUUACCAGCCAGUCGGGCGCUCCGCGCUGCUACAGGUGCCGGAGCAGCGCAACAACGUGCAUCUCCGACUUACGCUUCCACGUGAAGCUCACUGCUUUGCUGAUAGUGUUGACUACGUGACGUUGAACGUAGAGCUGGAGGACCCUCUCUUCAUCAGCGCGCCAUCAGCGACAGCGGCAUCUGCCGAAGGCUUCGGCAGUGUCAUGUCGGUGAGUUUUACGAACUCUCGGCUCGCAGGAGGACUUGCUGCGGCGCCUGGAGGGCAGGGAAGGGCAGCUGGAGGAGAUGGUCCUUAUCCUACCGCGGAAUGCACCUGCUCGUUCAAGGUCAGCCCAGGUAACCUUCUCCUGCCGCUUGCCGCCGAUGGUGCCGAAGCUCACCAUCACGAGCAACCGCUGAGACAGACGUUGACCUCGCCCCUCGCGCUGAACUCGCUGCUGCCCCCGCCGGAGGAUGACGGGAUGAACAGCGACAGUAGCGAGGCACACACACCGCCAGGCACGCCGCGCCUCGUUGCUGUGGUGACUCUUGGCACCCCCAACGCGUACCGCCCGAAGAGCGGCGCAGGGACGCGCUCUAACCUUGCCGCCUCCUUCUCGAGCUUAAGCAUGGCCUUGUCCGGACCUGGCUCUCGAGUUAUGGUACCUUGCGGUGGCAGUGGCGUCUUGCUCUUGAGCGACUCCUUCGCUGCGCGGACCUCACAACCAGUCGACGCGCUGUCGCUGGCUCGGCAAGGUGUGCCGUCGAGAUCGGCAGCAGCGACGACCUCGGCCGGGGUGGAGCACAAUAGCAAGAAUUCCUCGCAACAGCAGCACCAGUCUUUACUUCCCGCUCAUCGCAAUACCAAAGCGCCCUGCACCCCCUCCGAGCUAGGAAAUCGUGGGCCAGCCGCCUCCCUUUCCUGUCUCAGCUCCUCAGGCAUCCCUGGCGGAGCCCCCACGACGCCCGCGCUGUCCUCACUGCGCAAAGUCUCCGAGGGUACGCUGGAGCUCCUGCUGGUGCACUCUGACACGGCCAUAGGAGACGACAAGAACACGCCCGCGACGUUGCACAGAACAAAGACAGCGGCCGCAAUGGCCGUCGCUCGCACCGUAGUGCCGAUUCACCUCAGCUCCUUCCUGAAAAACCUCCCGCCACCGGAGGUGCACUUUAAGACCCCAAAUAAGAGCGACGCCGUAGCUUCUGGCACGUCGGUGCUGCAGGCGGGGAGCUACGUGGCGGCCGACCCGCUGCGUGAGACGGUGAUUCGGCUUUUUCCCGAUACCUCACACACGGUGACACCGGCGACCGAAGCCACAGGGUCGGAGAAAGCUGGCGUCGCCGUUCUGCGCAUAUGCCUACGUCUGCCGCUGCUGCCGCUCCUCACCACCCCAAUCUCCGCCGAAGCGCUGGCGAGCAAGCGCCCAGAGACAGUGACAUCCUGUAGAGAGGCGGGCAAGGAUCCCGCACCGUCCGCCGCGAUGGCCGCGAAUCAGGCUCGCAUCGCCUUUACCUUCCUCCGCGGCCGUGAGCCGUGCACGACCGCCCUGAGUGUAGUGCUGCCCUUUCAAGCCGCUAUCAGCUUUAACUAUGUUUUUAAGCACUUCCAGGGGCGUGUUUACUGCCUUGUGAAUAUGAAGAAUCUCCUCACGAGCACCUCACUGUGGCUGCGCGGCGCCGUGCUACGCGUGCUCGACGCUGAGCCGUCGUACGAGAUUGUGCGCGUAUGCGAGGUAUACAACAAACUCCUCAUGACGGAGUGGAAGCCGCAGGAGGUGCUGAGCAUUCUCUAUGAGCUGGACCUCAUCGCGUCCUUCCGCCCUGCGCAGCCCGAGUGUACGCAUCAAGUGCAGAUGGAGGCCCUCUACUCUAACUGGCAUCAGACGUUUCUGAUGACGCCGCCAGAGGAUCGACUUGUCCUGUGCACCACAGAGGUGACGGCGGAGAGCGCCGAGGCCAUCCAGGAAGACGCCUUGGUGAGUGCCACCGGCGUGAAAGCGAGCCAUGGUGGGGAAACGUGUCAGAGCACCAUGUUAACCACCACCACAACGUUGGCAGGCAAAGCAGUAGAUACGACGACAUCCACAGGGGUGCUGACCUCGACGUUCGGUACAGUGACCACGUCCCACUACCACAGCGACAUGGACCCUGCCGCAGACAUGCGCACUGUCCACAGCGCCUCUCGCGCACGCAGCACCAGCGUAGGCAGCACCGGUACCCGCCCCUUUACCCAUGCCACGUACAUCCGCUGCAGUCCCAGUAGCACUACUAUCGACGGCACGGCCAGCAACAAGUACAACGGCGGUGGAGGCAGAAGCAGCAGCGGAGUCAGGUGCCAGACAACGGCGUCCAGCGCUGUGCAUUUCAACUUAGUCACGCUGCGUCACUUGGAGGAGACGUGCAACACAAUGUGGGGCCCUGUGGCCGCCUUCCACUCGAAGCACCUCUGUGUCUUCAACAUCGUCAUGUACGCCGAGUCUCCUUGGACAAUGCGCUUUGGAGCAGCGACCAACUACGUAGCCCAGCCUCCCUCCACCUCGCUUUCGAUAGCGAGCACCACCCAUCGCUUGGCACCGCUGCCGCGCAACACCCACCACGCAGUGGCGCCAUCUCAUCCACAACCGCCUCAGCCGAGCACCAACUCGAACUUCUCCAGUGGCUCCUACGGCACACAGCUGAGCCGCUGGUACGGCAGCGGUGGGGACUACAACCCUGACGCAGGCACAUCUUUGUUCGGGAACGCCAUGGUAAACCAGCCGUCCGACUUCGUGUUCGUCGCCGGAGAGCCGGUUCGCUUCUGCGUUCGGCUGCAGCCGCAAGCGCAGAACUGGCCAGAGGAGGCGGACAUGGAGGAGACCUUUUUCAUCCGCCUCAAGUACAACCCGGAGCAGUGGAUGGUGAUUGGCAAGCAGCGCGACCGUCGCACACUCUCCUUGAUGGAGGAGGUGAUGGUUUACUUCAAUGCCGUACCGCUUCUUCCCCUGGCGUCCGCUGACAACGACACGAGUGCUGCGGGGUCGUCAACAGCGGUAGGACUGACGACGGCGACAAGCGGCAGCUUCAGCAAGGCCCCUCCUCGAAGAGCCAAUGUCGUCGCAGACAACAGAAGCGACGAAGACAUGGACGACGUCGAGGAUGUCCGCGCCGCUACCAGGACAGGACGCCGUCAGUGGUGCGCAGCUCGACCCCUCGCCGGGCAAGCGGUGAAGGACGAGGGCAUCCUGCAAACGCCUACCGUGGAGAUGUUCUGGGAGCGAAAGAAGCCAGAGGCAGCGACAGAUGAUGCAACAAACCUGCCGAUGAAUCACUUUGGAGCAGGGAAAGUCACCACCUCGGCAGCUGGGGUGGAGGCAAGCCCCAGUGCGGCGGACGGACGGCCAACGUCCGCUGAUGCCGUGAUGGGCGAACCGGUUCUUGUUGAUGUCGUGCAAUUUCGUACAUGGGUGCGUGUACGCAAGCGUGACCAUUGA